ACCAGAACUGCCGUUUCGUCAUUUCCGCCGGCGACGCGCUUAAAGUUGAAGUUAAAAACUUCACUUUGUCCGAUUAGCAAACAAACUAGUCGAGCGCUUUAAAACGUCAUUUAUCAGUUAAUGUAGGAAAUCCAUGCAGUGUGAUAUCGACAAGAGUCGGGUUGGCGAUCUAAUGAGUUAGUAGCGUUAAAAGUAAGCUUUUAAUUAAAAGUAAACAAUCUGGCUAGGCUAAGCUAAGCUAAGCUAGCUGGAGGAAGCUGCUCUACAUUCACAGUAUUGACAAAUACAAUACAAACCGUCACGUCUAUUUUCAGUCGUACUUUGUUUUUUUUUAAGACAGUAACGUGGACAAAUGAUUCAUCUCGACGUGUCAUUAACGUUAUUAGCGCGUUAUAUGAAAGCAGGCUUGAUGCAUGGAGAAAUCUGCUGAUUUUCCUGAGACAGGGAAUAUUUUUAGUUGCCUUCAUUACUGCAGACAUGUCGAGCAGUCUGACGCAGGAACAGCAGAGGAAAAUCGAGGAGAACAGACAGAAAGCGUUGGCGAGAAGAGCUGAGAGACUUGCUCAAGGAAAGCAACAAGCUGUGACUGCACAAUACAAGCCAUGUCAAACCCAGUCACAUCCUGCAGUAGCAGGAGGAAAUGCAAAAUACAAACCGAGCUUUAGUCCAAAACCUGCAGCCAGCAGCAUAGCACACAGUGUGAGACAGACCCAGCUUAUAGAUCCUCUUCCAAUCCCAAAAGGGACAGAAUAUCACACAUCAGCUCCGUCAACUAGUUUUGCAACCUCCAAGCCCAAAUCUGAACCAAAGUCAAAUUCCAUGUCAGCUAAUUUCUAUGGCCCAGUUGUGAAGCCACCCACUCAGCCUUUAGACAAAAAGAUGCCCAAACCUCUGGACUCUGGCUCUACUGCUUCUAUGAAAAGGCCUGCAGUGUGUGUGAGAGGGAAUUGUGUUCCUCAUACAGAAGGGCGCUUCAGAGUAGAGGUCGGGUACAACACCGAGCUCAUCGCUGUGUUUAAAUCAAUUCCCUCCAGAAACUAUGAUCCUGUCACAAAGUUUUGGAACUUCAGCCUCCAGGAUUACAAACAACUGAUGGAAGAGGUAGCAGGCUUGCCCUCAGUGUCUUUGAAGGCUCUGGAGGGGAUGGAAGGUUUGGAUUUAUCUGCCUCCAGCAUUCGCCCAAGAGACUCUACAGCAUUGGCGGCCAUGAUGAAACUGUGCCAGGGCUGGCAGAAACCUGGGGCCACAGUCAAGGGCAGAUGCACACUCAUCUCUUGCUCCCGUCUGGAAGUGGACAUAACAUACCAUGCAGAUGUGAUAGCUAUCUUUAAACAGAUGCCUUCAAAAAACUAUGACAUGAAAACAAGGAAAUGGAGUUUCCUACUCGAGGACUAUGGCAAAUUGAUGGAAUCUCUGAUCAAAAUCUCAGACAUGGAGGUCGAACCGUUACCACGUGCUGUGCUCCAGGCCUUUUCCUCCCAGUUUGAGACGAGCCAUUCCAGAGCUGCAGAAAUCCCUGAAGCUGAUCUCUCAGGCAUUGAUACCACUCUCACACGCAGCCUCAUGCCCUUCCAGCUUCACGGUGUCAACUUUGCAGUGUCCAGAGAAGGUCGUCUGCUCUUGGCUGAUGAUAUGGGCUUGGGGAAAACGGUACAGGCCAUCUGUAUUGCAGCCUACUACAGGAAAGAGUGGCCAUUGCUGAUAGUUACUCCAUCCUCUGUUCGCUUCACCUGGGCUGAGGCGAUACGCCGCUGGUUGCCCUCAGUGGCAGCAGACAGCAUUAAUGUGGUGGUGACGGGUAAAGACUGUCUUCACUCUGGUCUCAUCAACAUCAUCAGCUACGACCUGCUUAGCAAAAUGGGAAAGCAGAAUUUAGCAAGUCUAUUUGGUGUGCUUAUUAUGGAUGAGUCCCACUUCCUGAAGAACAUUAAAACCGCUCGCUGUAGGGCCGCGCUUCCUCUCCUAAAGGCUGCUAAAAGAGUGAUUCUGCUGUCGGGGACUCCUGCUAUGUCACGUCCAGCUGAGCUCUACACACAGAUUCUGGCUGUGCGGCCGACACUCUUCCCUCGUUUCCAUGAUUUUGGAGUGAGAUAUUGUGAUGCUAAGCAGCUCCCCUGGGGUUGGGACUAUUCUGGCUCGUCUAAUUUGGCUGAACUGAAGUUGUUGUUAGAGGAGUGUCUCAUGUUGAGGCGAUUAAAAUCCGAGGUGCUGUCACAGCUUCCUUCCAAACAGCGCAAGAUCGUCACUGUGACUACAGACGGCAUAAACUCACGUACCAAAGCUGCACUCUCAGCUGCAGCCAAAGAACUCGCCAAAGGAUGUAACAAUAAGAAGCAAGAAAAGGAGGCUCUACUGGUUUUCUUUAACCACACAGCAGAGGCCAAGAUUAGAGCUAUCCUUGAGUACAUUUCAGACAUGCUGGAGUGUGGACGAGAGAAGUUUCUGGUGUUUGCGCAUCACAAGCGGAUCCUGGACAGCAUAACGAAAGAGCUUACUGAUAAAGGAAUCAAUCAUAUCCGUAUCGACGGGUCUACACCCUCAGCCGAGCGCCAGCAGCUGUGUGAGAAGUUCCAGUUCUCUGAGCAGAGCUGUGUGGCUGUGCUCUCCAUCACAGCUGCCAAUAUGGGCCUCACGCUGCACAGUGCUGACCUCGUUGUGUUCGCAGAACUCUUCUGGAACCCAGGGAUAUUAAUUCAAGCAGAGGACAGAGUUCAUCGUAUUGGUCAGACCAGGAGUGUGGACAUUCACUACCUGGUAGCCAAAGGCACAGCUGACGACUACCUCUGGCCAAUGAUCCAGGAGAAGAUGAAUGUUCUAGAACAGGUUGGCUUGUCUGAGUCCAAUAUUUCAGACAAGGCAGAGUGUUCCAGCUUCCACAGCAAGGACCCCAAACAGCAAAGAAUCACUGAGAUGUUCCAGAGAUCGUUCUCGGAGGAGGAUAUGGAUGAAUCGAUGCUAUUAGAGGCUGUGAAUGAUUGGGAGGACACUGAAAUGACAGACUCAGUCAGCCACCCGGAGGAACAUUUCUCAGAGAGCCCCAGCAAGAAAAGACGUAUAGAAGACUAUUACCCUAAAGCCCACCCGUUUCCAAAACAGUAAACACGCACUUUUGGAUUAUCAGGAAAAUUUGAAUCAUUUGGUUUCUUUUGACAUUUUGGUUUGAAAAAGUGAGAAAUACAUAUUUCAAAGCAUAAUUAUUGUACAUAUCAUUG